CAAUUGCACUGGACCUGCACUUGACAGUGACCAAGAAACUUUAUCUCGUGACCACAUUUUUUGUGUUUUGAGAUCAUCUUGAGAAGAUGAACGGCACAGAGGGCAACAACUUCUACAUCCCCAUGUCCAACAGGACAGGGCUGGUGAGGAGUCCUUUUGAAUAUGAGCAGUACUACCUGGCUGAACCAUGGCAGUUCAAGAUGCUUGCUUUUUACAUGUUCAUACUUAUCAGUCUGGGAUUCCCCAUCAAUGGGGCGACACUGUUGGUGACAGUACUGCACAAAAAGCUUCGUCAGCCUCUCAACUUUAUUUUGGUCAACCUGGCUGUUGCUGGUAUGAUCAUGGUCUGCUUUGGAUUCACCAUCACCAUUACCUCAGCUCUUAAUGGCUACUUCGUCUUUGGAGCCACGGGUUGUGCUAUUGAAGGUUUCAUGGCUACUCUUGGAGGUCAAGUUGCCCUAUGGUCACUGGUUGUGCUGGCUGUUGAGAGAUAUGUUGUUGUCUGCAAGCCCAUGGGCAGCUUUAAGUUUGGUACUACCCAUGCUGGAGCCGGAGUGGCAUUCACAUGGGUCAUGGCUAUGUCAUGUGCCGCACCACCCCUCGUUGGCUGGUCAAGGUACAUCCCUGAGGGAAUGCAGUGUUCCUGUGGACCUGACUACUACACCCUGAGCCCUGGAUACAAUAACGAGUCAUAUGUGAUCUACAUGUUCACCUGUCAUUUCUGUGUCCCUGUCGUUACUAUCUUUUUCACCUAUGGAAGCCUUGUCCUCACAGUCAAAGCGGCUGCAGCCCAACAGCAGGACUCAGCCUCCACCCAGAAGGCAGAGAGGGAAGUGACACGUAUGUGCGUCCUGAUGGUUUGUGGCUUCCUGAUUGCUUGGACCCCCUAUGCCAGUUUUGCUGGCUGGAUCUUCAUGAAUAAGGGAUCUUCUUUCACUGCUCAGUCCAUGGCUAUUCCUGCCUUUUUCGCAAAGUCCUCAGCCUUGUUCAACCCCAUCAUCUAUGUGGUGCUUAACAAACAGUUCCGUAGCUGCAUGAUGCAGACAGUCUUUGGCAAAGCCCCUGAGGAUGAAGCAUCAGUGUCCGCAAGCAAGACAGAAGUGUCUUCAGUGGGUCCUGCAUAAGCAUCAUUCUUGCACCAAUUUACCUGUCAACAAGCUACAGUUGCCGAUGGCACAAACUCAAUUUUGGUUGCUCUCUAAAUGUUAUCUGGUGUUUCUGGAUGAAAAUAAUAAUACUGGAAAAAAUAAUUCAGAUUUGGUUGGAAAUAAUUAAUGGAUUAAAAUAUCCAUCAUGUCUACAUGUAAAUACCCUUACUUUGUACAAAGAGCAUUAAACUUGCAGUAUUGCACUGCAAUAAACACAAUGUAACAUGGUAUAUGAACUGUCUGGUACAACUGACAAAUACUUUGUGAUGAUAGUGUUUGUAUUUGACAUUUUAACACCUUUGAAUGAUUGUUUAUCACUGAAUGGAUUGUGAGGUUUUAUUUUUAUGUUGCUUAACUGCUAACAAAUAUUUUGUUAGUGUGACUGUUUUAUUUUUUGUGUAUGUACAGUAUUUUAUAAAGCAAAGAAAAAGCAAAAAACAAAAACAACUUCUAGUGAAAUAAAUGAC